AUGUUGAAUCCAAGGAGUAAAAAGCAGUGGUAUCCUUCAUCAACAGAAAUGACUGGAAUGCCCAGCAUUAAGAGUUUGAGUAAAAUAAAAUAUGAACCAGGAAAACGUGGGGUGCGGAGAGUGGCAGUGUUAAAUAAGCUCUUUAUGAAAAGUAUUACAGAUUUAAUGUCAACUGGAACAGUAUCUAUGAAAAUUAUAGGUCGUGGACUAGAAAUUUCUAAGGUACAAGUAUCACCUGAUUUUAAAACAGUUAAUGUAUUUUGGGUGUGCAAAGGAGACUUGUCUGAUGGGGAAACAGAAACUCUCUUGCAUUCAAUUGCAGGGCCUCUUAGGCAUGAACUAUCAACACUUAGGCUUAUUGGAGAAGUACCUUAUAUAGUUUUUGUUAAAGAUAGACAAGAAGCCAUGUUAGUUGAUAUUGAUAGACGUUUGGCUGUAGCAGAUUAUGGAGAAGAUUUCACUCCUACAGAGUUGGGACAUUUGUUGAAGACAGACUUUACAUUAAAUGUAAAGCUUUCACCAGAAAUGAGGGCAAAAAUAAAGCAGUUAGAAGAAGAACAACCAAUAAUAGACGAUCCUAUACCAGAAAUGACGCAUAAUGUCUUUGGCUUGGAUCAUGCGAAGAUAAUGAAUAGAUUGUUAGCUGCGAGGAAAAAGACUCGUGAUGCUUGGGACAAUCUAAAUGCCGAUACAGUAAUAACUUAUAGGGCAACUGAGGGUAGCAAACCGAGACCAUCCACAGAUGUGGGAACGCAGAAGAGAGAUUUGGCAGAAUUCUUAUUAAAAAGACAGAUUUUACAAAACAAGUUGCAUAAGGAAAUGCGGGACGAUCGCAAAACUUUAAACGAAGUAUAUGCUGAAGAAAAAGUCCAUGAGGAGGAAAUAUAUGAUGAAGAUUACGAAGAAGAUUUACACGAACCUUUUUAUAAUGAUGAUCUAGACUUAGAAAAGACAAGAAGUAAA